UCAAAUUUCCUCGGCACUAAGUUCAUAAUUUUUGACACACAGCUGCCAUACAACAUUUCUAAUAUUUCUUCACUGGGUCGUACUAGUCGCAGGUUCUACUCAAAAAAAGUGUCUCCAAAAGUCCUGAGUAGAAGCCACAACAUUGCUCAGGUCACGUACGAGCUCAAUGUGCUCGGUACCAGGGGGCCACGUAGGAUGCAUUGCAUCAUGCAUUCCAUACCUACCUCGGCCCUUGAGCCUGGUGGUACUGUCCCAGGCCAGCCUGAGCUUGCUCCUUGCUCUCUUGAAGAUUCAUUCCGUAGUAUUUCUUUCUCCAAGUCAAUUGACACCUCAUCUGAGUUUACAAGUGCUCGGUUCUCGGACAUUAUAGGUCCACAUGGGGAAGAGGAUGACGGGAAGGAGAGACCAUUAGUUCUUAAAAACAAGCAACCUAGGUGGCAUGAACAGCUGCAGUGCUGGUGUCUUAAUUUUCGGGGGAGAGUAACUGUUGCCUCUGUCAAGAAUUUUCAGCUUGUUGAUGCAACACAGCCUGCUGCUGGUGCACCAACACCAUCCCAACCGGCCCAGUCAGAUCAAGAUAAGAUUAUCUUGCAGUUUGGUAAGGUUAGCAAAGAUAUGUUUACCAUGGAUUACCGAUAUCCUUUAUCUGCUUUUCAGGCAUUCGCUAUCUGUUUAAGUAGCUUCGACACAAAACUGGCAUGUGAAUAGAAGAAAGAAGCGUAUGGUUUUUAUAUUAGAAAAGAAUGUAGGUACUACUUGUAUAACUCGCAUCCUGAGCCCAAAAUAUGCCAGAACAUCUGUGCAAAAGUCUUUUUUUUUUCUUUUUAUUUUAUUUUUUUUUCUUUAUUUCUUGUCUUUGUAAUUGAAUUCCUUUACAGUAGUUUACUUAAGAAUAACGUGUUAAUGUUCUGUUGUAAUACCAUCGUUGCCUUGUAUAUUGAAUGGAACUAUUAAGUUUUAGACCUUUAUCA